AUGGAGUUUCGAAGCGCGAUAUUGGUGCACUUCUUGCUGAUUUCGUUGGCACUCAACGUUGGGACACUCUUCAGAAACUACUGCAACCCUAAUCUGUUCUUCCCCAAAUCUUCGAACAAAAAUCACAGCUUUUCAAUCCAGACUUGCAACGCGUCGACUUCACUCUCUUCUUCCUCAAAUGUGUUCGAUCGAAUCCUCCAUCUCGAUUACGGCGAUCCGACAAUGUUCGAGAAAUACUGGCAAAACGUGGCAGAUAAAACCACUCUGACAAUCCCUGGAUCCCAAUCGAUGAGCUAUUUCUCAGAUUCAAGAGACUUCUACUGGUUUCUCGAGCCUGAAUUCGAGAAAUCAGUAAUCAGAUUGCACAAACUCGUCGGGAACGCCAUCACUGAUAAUCGCUAUCUCGUUGUCGGAACAGGCUCCACACAGCUCUUCCAGGCUGCAUUGUAUGCGAUCGCCUCGCCGGAAUCUUUGACUCCGGUCGAUGUCGUGGCCGCAGCUCCAUUCUACUCAGGGUAUCCAGCCACAGCAGAUUUUGUCAAGUCGGGCCUUCACAAGUGGGCUGGAGAUGCGACUAGCUACACGAAUGAUCAGACCAAAUACAUCGAGGUUAUUACAUCUCCGAAUAAUCCCGAUGGAUUUUUAAGGGAGGCUGUGGUGAAACCUAAAAACUGUCGAAGAACCCUAGUUCAUGACCUUGCCUAUUACUGGCCACAGUACACUCCGAUCACUUCGCCGGCCGAUCACGACAUUAUGCUGUUUACCGUCUCCAAAUGCACCGGCCACGCCGGCACUCGCAUCGGGUGGGCUAUUGUUAAGGAUCGCACAAUUGCGUCGAAAAUGGUUGAAUUUGUGACGAUUAGCACUAUAGGCGUGUCGAAAGAGUCGCAGCUCCGCGCAAAAUUGAUUUUAGACGCGGUGGCUAGUAGUCACGAGCAAGUCAGCGCAGCCCCGCCGUUCUUCGAACAUAGCUAUGAACUUAUGGCUGCAAGGUGGAAACAACUCAGGGAUGUGAUUCAGAACAGCAAGCUCUUCAAAUUACCUGAUUAUCUGCCCCAAAAAUGCAAAUUCAGUGGUCACACUUUUGCUCCACAGCCUGCAUUCGCCUGGCUAAAGUGUGAAGGAGAGAUCGAUGAUUGCAAAGCCUUUCUCGAGAGCCAUAAAAUAUUGACUAGAGGCGGAAAUAAUUUUGGAGUGAGCAACAAAUAUACAAGAAUGGGAAUGAUAAGUAGAGACCAAGAAUUUUGUCUUUUGAGGGAGAGAUUAUAUCAAAUAGGCUAA